AUGACAAAUGCCAACGGAGCGGCAAUAGAUGAAUUGCGUGAAAAAGUUACUGAAAGUCGCAACGAUGUGAACAGAUUUCGUGAUGAAACUGCAUUACUUCGAGCACAAUUGAAUAAUCAGAUUGAGAUUGUCAAGCAGAAAAACGAUGAGUUGGCAUUUUUAGUGGAGAAGCGUGAAGUGGAAUUGAAAAAUAUUCGUGAACUUCUGGACGAAAAACGAUCACAAAUUUCGUAUACAUUUCUUACUGUUACCAGAAUUGGACCUUGUCAGUACGACGACUGUGGUAAUGUAGUUGAAACUUGGUCGGGAGGAAGCCGGAUUGUGUACGAUUACAUUGUCCUGCAACUGAUAAAGGAAAAGGAUGAACGUUUGGAACGCUUGCUGAAUCGGAUUGCUCUCUACGAAUCUUAUCCUGGACAGAGCGCUGUUUCUACUUGGAGUGAUUCGAAUUCCGCUACAAAUGCUACUGUUUGGGAUGCUCUUCCCGGAGAAGUACGUGCGGAGCUUUCCGAAUUGAAGGAACGUAUGAUGGCCGAAACACUGAUCAAACCAACAAAGAUUUUUGCGAAUAAAUCGACAGAAUGCGCUGACCUGGUCACAUCGGUGCAAUCGGAAACGAUGCGACAAGACGAUUCAUGCCAAACCCCAAAUAUUACUGUAUAUGAGCCAGGUUCCAGCAUUGAAACAUCAUCUGAAAGUUUAGCGGUUGCUGCGUUACGUACGGAAAUAGAUGAAUCCAAAAAAGUACAUGAUUCAUUGGCGGCUAUGCUUGAUUGCGUCCGACAUGCCCAGAUUCGUGGUAAACUCAGUCCAAAUAUACAGCAGUUAUUGGAAAAUCUCUUCAGUGAAGUGCAGCAGAGCGACAAAUCGCUGGAAAAAAUUACUGAAUUGGUCAAUCGUUUCUUUGCAAAUUUGGAAUUGGCUUUACGACGAACUCUUUCUGCAGCCGAUGAUAAUAGAAUCAGAUGCGAAAAACUGGAAGAUUCGUUAAAAAAGGUUCACUUUUUUCAAUUCAUUAUUGGGCUGAGGAAACUUUUAUUCAAUAAUUAG